AGUGCCGGAAGUCCGCGCGGGCGGCCAUGGCCGGGCAGCAGCUGGACGCGACCAUUGAGCCGCCGCCACCGGGGGGGAGUCCGGAGCGGGGCAGCGAGCGCCCCCGGCCCGUGGUGGUUCUGCUGGGCUGGGGCGGCUGCAGAGACCAGCACCUGGCGAAGUACAGCAGCGUCUACCGGCAGAGGGGCUGCACAGUGAUCCGCUACACAGCUCCCUGGAGAAUGGUGUUUUUCUCAGAGUCCUGCAGCAUCCGAUCCCUCCGGACCCCCGCGCAGCAGCUCCUGCAGCUGCUCUUUGACCACCGGCUGGAGAAGAACCCGCUGCUGUUUCACGUCUUCAGCAACGGCGGCGUCAUGCUGUACCGCUACGUCGUCGAGCUGCUCCAUACGCACAGGCAGUUCAAGUACCUCCGGGUGGUGGGCACCGUCUUUGACAGCGGCCCCGGCAGGCGGAACGUGCUGGGCAGCCUCCGCGCCUUGGCGGCGGUCUUGUCCUCAAUGAACGCGCUGCUCCGGUCCUCCCUCCUGCUCGUGUUUGCUGCCCUGGUCGUGAUUCUGCGGAUCAUGCUGUAUCCUCUAACCCGCUUUCUUCAUGAGAACCAUUACGACGCCCUGCUGAAAGGCCCCUCGAGGUGGCCUGAGCUCUAUCUCUACUCCAAGGCUGACAAAAUCAUCAAGGCCAGCGACGUCGAGCGCAUGGCUGAGGCACGGCGGCAGCACGGUGUCCCGGUGAAGGUGGUCGACUUCUUGGACUCUGCUCACGUCAGCCACCUUCGGGCCCACCCCUCCUAUUACACCAGCCUGUGUGGCUCCUUCCUGUCUGACUGCACUGGGGGCUCAUAGCUGCCA